UAUAUAAACAAGAUUCCAACUCUUCUCUCCUAAGUUUAAAGACUUGAAGAAUCCAACUUUUUACUAUUUUCUCUGCAAAAUAAGGAUAUGGGGUCUGCAAAAUUGAAGAUUGGAGGGGCAUGGAGUGGUGUACUGGAAGUGGAAUUGGAAGAAUGGACAGUACUAAUGUUAAGAGAAGAGGUAGCAAAAAGAUCGGGUCAUGGUGGUGGACCCGAAACAAUUAACCUUAUAUGUGCUGGUAAAUUGUUGAAAGAUGGUGAUGGAACUGAAAAAUUGAGUCAAUUGGGUGUUAGAAACAAUGCAAAGAUUUUGGCUUCAAGGGUUUCUGUUGAUCAAGGGAAGUCUGUAAAGGAAGAGUCUUUGGCUGAGGAAGAACGUUCUACUAGGCUUUCAAGGCUAAAGGCUGCUGCUGUUUCUCUGUCAGCGAGGCAUGCGGAUGGCUCAUUACCUGUUGAAGAUUUCAAUCUGGAGCUCGAAAAUCAGAGUGGACAAAAGGUGCAACUGGGAUCUGAGACUGACCAGAGGGCAAUAAUGAUGGGCCUCAUGCUUCACGCAAAUGCAAAAGCCUUGAUGAGGAAGAAGAAAUACAAGGAAGCACUAGAAGUGCUGACCAUGGGAGAGGAAGCUUUCUCUCUCUGCGACCAGAAACUCAUCGAGAUGGUUGACAAUGUGCCCAUUCUGCAAAUAGAUAUGGUGUGGUGCUACUUUAUGCUCCGAGAUAUCAGCUGGCUCUCAGUUGCAGGAGUCCGCCUUGCAAAAGCUAGGGAAGGGCUUGAGCGUUCUCAUGGGAAGGAAGCGAGUCGUCUCAGACUGCUUCAAAAAGGACGUUAUCCGGAGAUUGCCCUACAUUUGAGGCUGGAGCUGCUAGAAGGAGUAGUGGCAUAUCAUAGCAAUCAGACUGAAAAAUCUAGAAAGUCCUUGACAUCUGCUCAAACAAAGUUUUUGCAGCUUCAAAUUCCAGAUGAAGCUUUGUCCUUACUUUUGGGUAUGGGCUACAAAGAACGGGAUUCCAAGAGAGCGCUGCGCAUGAACAAUCAAGUAGUAGAAAAUGCUGUUGAUUUUCUUGUUGAAGAGAAAGAAAAGAAAGCAAGGAAAAGGGUGGAUGACCUUAAGCGGCAGAAGGAGAUCAUGGAGCAAAAGUGUUAUGGAACGACUCCCGUUGGAAAAGCUGUUGAUAUCGAGAGGCUGAAUGAAUUGGUGUCAAUUGGGUUUGAGAAAGAGCUUGCUGCAGAAGCACUUCGACGAAAUGAAAAUGACACACAAAAGGCUUUGGAUGACUUGACAAAUCCAGAAGCUAAUUCUUCGAUACAGAUACAUAUUGAGUCUAGGAAGAAGAAAAGAUUGCGUCAAGCAGCCAAUGCUUCAAUUGAAGAACUUGUAUCCAUGGGUUUCCCCAGAGAAGCAGCGGCUGCAGCUAUUCGCAGCCUUGGCACACGUCAAGCAGCGAUAGAUCAUCUGCUUCAAGGAACAAGUAAUACUGCUGCAGCAGGAGAUCAUAAUGUAGACAAUACUCUUCCCAACGACCAGGGAGGAGAUGGAAUUGCAAAUGAUCCUCUAUCUAAUGACCAAAGUGAAGAUGGAUCAGGUACUAACGCAGGCUCAAGUAGCGAUAGAGGUCCAAGUCAUAACAAAGUUGAGACGCGUGAUGUAGAAAUGGAAGAUGAGAUUACUGGCGAAUUACUAAAAGGAGAUGCUUACUCUGACUACGACAUUGAGGUCACGGAAGAAGGUGAAGCUAUAAACGAGUACUUAGCUUUAAUAACCGUAGGAGUUAACGUAGAUAUUGGUUCAUCGUCAUAGUUAAAAGUACAAUACAUGUUGAGAAUUGUCCGUAUUCGUAGUUUAAAGUACAGUACACUUUAACAAAAACUUGAAUAGUUUGCUGUGAAUAGAACACAUAUAAUCUUAUAUAUAUAGCCUAAUAAUCCUUGAUAGGUUUUGAAUAG